GCAGCGGGCAGAUCCAGCUGUGGCAGUUCCUGCUGGAGCUGCUGUCGGACCGGGCCAACCUGAACUGCAUCGCCUGGGAAGGCACGAACGGGGAAUUCAAGCUGGUCGACCCCGACGAGGUGGCACGGCGCUGGGGCGAGCGGAAGAGCAAACCCAACAUGAAUUAUGACAAGCUGAGCCGGGCACUGCGCUACUACUAUGACAAGAACAUCAUGACCAAGGUCCAUGGCAAGCGCUACGCCUACAAAUUCGACUUCCACGGGCUGGCGCAAGUGUGCCAGCCGGCCACCCCCGAUCACACCCUCUACAAAUUCCAGGGAAAUCUGGCCCCGCUGCCCUUCUCGGGUAUCUCCAAACUCAACCUCAUGACCUCGGGGGUGACGCCAGCCAGCUUCUCCUACUGGCCUGGCUCCAGCCCAUCCCUGUACCCCGGGCAUGGGCUCCAGCCCUCGGCCCCAUUCAGUGCCAUGGCAGCCUCUCACCUCAACAAUAUGAACAACCAUUACCAUUAGAGGCUUGGCUGUGCCAGGCAGACCUCCCUGUCCCCAGAAACAUGGGGCUGUGGAGCUGGGGAGCUCAGCAGGGAGGGAUGGGGGUGGGUGGGAUUGUGCCCUGUUCUCAG